AUGGUGGAAGUGCUGAUUCAUGUGUUUGAUGUCGAGUCCAAAGAGGUCACAAAGGAUAUCGAGACAUUUAUUCGAUGCUUGAGGUACCUACGAGAGUUUUCGCCUGAUGCUAAAGUAUUUGUAUUACUUCAUAAAAUGGAUCUGGUGCGUGCCGAGCGUCGAGACGAGGUGUUUAAUGCCACGAUGCGGACGUUGCGAGACCAGGCUAAGCCGUUUGAAUUCUCACUGACCGGGUUUGCCACCUCUAUUUGGGAUGAAUCGCUAUAUAAAGCGUGGUCGAGCAUUGUAUGUUCUCUGAUCCCUAAUAUGGCGACAUUUCAGAAACACCUCGAGAGCUUUGCUGAUAUCAGCGAGGCACAAGAAGUAGUGCUGUUUGAACGGACCACGUUCCUGGUGAUCUCACACGUGUCAGGAGGACAAGCCAGCACUUUUGUGUCGAGUAUCAAGUCCAAAACAGACCCUAAACUGGACCCGAAACGGUUCGAGAAAAUCUCCAACAUCAUCAAAACAUACAAACAAAGCUGCAGCAAAAUGCGGUCGCAGUUCCAAACGGUGUCGCUACAUGGACUCAACUGCUCGGCCUAUAUCGACACCCUGACGCCCAACACAUUCAUCAUGGUGGUGAUGCCGCCAGCAGGUCGAGCCCCGGCUGGAGCAAACGAUAUCGACGGCAACACCAUCAUCGCAAACAUCCGCGCCUCACGCACCUGGUUCCAGACCAUCGAGGAAUCUAAUUAA